AUGAGCAUGCUCGUCUACAACGUCAAGGGCUUCAAGACUGAAAGACUCGACAAGCAUAGUCGUCCUACCGAGUACUGGGCCGUCAUAGCAGAGGGCCAGGUAUGGCCGUGCGGACCUCGCGAAACAGACCUUUAUAACAAGAAGCGGCCUUCUUGCCAAGAGGUUCUGGACAAAAUGAACAUCUACUGGCGCUUCGGUAAUAUUCCCGCUAAGGAGCCUACGCCCGAGCCUCAGUUGCCGCCACUGCCACCCGGAUACUACGGAGGAGGAGGCGGCGGCUCCGGUUACCACCCGGGCUAUGCUAGUGGCCCCGUUCAGCCCACGAGCUACGGGUCCAACCCCUUUACAUCGGACGCUGUGGCCGGCUUGGGCCUGGCCUAUACCCGAAAGGGUGUCGCUUAUAAUGCGGCCAAGCGUGGGAAAACUCCCGUUCCUCUCAACCGUACUAGCAGUAGCAAGCCAAGCACCAAGGCCGACCCCCCCGGGAGUCGCAAUGCCCGCCCUCCCAACACCAAUCCCGCCUCCUCCCUGAGCGACUCGCUUGGGAGACUGUCCCUCAAGGACAAGGGUCACAAGGGUGCCGGUGCCCCCGUCCAACAGCCAAGGGACUAUGCCGUUCGCGCCUACGGCUACCACGCCCAGCCCCAGGGCACCGCGGGGCCCGGCAUUGGCGGUAGGGAUAUUAUGAAAGUCAAGCCCCCGGGCAGCGUCUCGUCAACUGCCACCGGGACCAAGGACUCCUGGCACGGACAAGAAGCCACCCCGCACGGGUUCGGGUUCGCAGGCCGCCCCGGCUGGCCAGGAAGUGGCCGCUCGUCACAGCAGAAAUGA